AUGCCAGCUUUGGAUACGCGCGAGUACCGAGAGCGGUCAACAAGUCCCAUGGACGUCGAUGGGUUAGAAGAGCCGGCGCCCGUGAUCCCUCCUCCACUGCCAGAUCAGGAUGUGCGCCACCCUCCCGCUGAUCCUCAUUGCCCACCGCGCCCGCCGUCCGAACGACCUGCAGACCAAAUCUUCUUCUAUCAACGUGAGCAGCCGUUAUACGAGUUCACCAACUUCGCACCAUGCGGUAUCGACUGGGACGGGUAUUGGUACCCAACGGCAGAACACUUAUUCCAGGCGCACAAAUUCAUGACAACCCGACCAGACCUAGUUAGACGCAUUCGAAAUCUCCCCAGUGCCCGUGCAGCCCUCGAGGAGGCGGGCCGCCUACGCAGGCUACAACGGUCCGACUGGUUCGACGUCAAUGUCGGCAUCAUGGAGGCGAUCCUUGAGGCGAAGUUCACGCAGCAUCCUAAACUGAGACGCAUGCUUCUCAGCACCGGCGAUGGUGAACUGAUCGAGAACAGUCCGGUCGAUUCGUUCUGGGGAUGCGGUGAAGAUGGCGAAGGCAGGAACGAGCUCGGGAAGGCGCUCAUGCGACUCCGCAACAAGCUACGGUCCACAGAACUCCAGAAUGAGCGUUGA